UAUAAUGAACGAUACCAUCAUAAUGUGGAAUUAAAAGAGAUUGUCGAGGAUAAAGAAAAAUCGAAUUGUCUUCUUAUCUUAUUUUAAUGGAAUAUAACGUAACUUCAUAGAUGUACCUGUUUCUAAUACACUUUUUAUCAGUCACCAAAACAAUAAUGGAACAUGUAGCAGUCAGUUUUUGUGGAAGAAGUGAUAGUUAUUAAUUACAAAAAGUGGAUUUCACUGGUACUAGAGCUGGAUUGAGAAGAAUAUGGUAUCAUAGCAUUUUUUACAGACAAAAUGAUCGAGUCUUCCGAGCCUCAGAGCCCCCUAUUGGCCAAACUGGUAGCCAUGGUGACCCUAUUCACCAUCUCAGUCAUCUUAGGCGCCCUCCCCAUGACCAUAGCUAAAAAAUUCAACAUGGAGGAGAACGUGAAAAACAACAAAUUCGCCCAGAUUCUUCUAUCCGUUGGUGGGGGUGUCCUCAUGUCCACCACCUUCAUCCAUCUCCUCCCCGAGGUCAGCGAGAACGUGGAGAAGAUGGAGGAAUUCAAGGACCUCAAAUUUCCCCUCGCGGAGACCCUAACCUGUAUUGGCUUCUUCCUGAUCUAUUUGGUGGAGGAGGCUGUGCAUCUGUAUCUCCACAAGCAUAAUAGAGCACCUGAAGUUGAUAUAAUAAGGAAGAGCGUGUCCAUAUUGAGAGGGGAGGUUAACCCUCAAAGAAAAGAGGAUGGAGAUUUUGUCUUUUCCAUCUUCGACCUGGAGAAUCAGAUCAGGGCGAGUAGAGAGAAUCGACUAGAAUCUCACGAUUUCAUCAGGAUCAAGAAGAGUAUCGAUUACUGGCGUCCGCAGAGUAUGGACCAGCACAACCACCAUCACCAUCACCACCACGAUGAGUCUGCGCAUCAAGGCGACCACAACCACCUGGUCGGCGACCAAAACUUCCUAGGAAGCAUGCGUGGUCUCCUCGUAGUCUUAGCCCUUUCAGUCCACGAAGUACUGGAAGGUCUUUCUGUGGGGCUGGAGAGUAAACCGAAGAACGUUUGGUACAUGUUCGGUGCCGUGGGCGCUCACAAGUUCAUCAUAGCCUUCUGCGUGGGCGUGGAGCUGCUGUCAAGUGGCAUAAAGAAUAGACUGAUCUUCGUUUACGUGUUCACAUACGCGGUGGUCAGUCCGUUGGGCAUAGCGAUGGGUAUAGCCAUCAGUUCAGAAGGGGUUGCCUCAUCUGAAGUACCAUCGGUCAUUUUGCAAGGUUUCGCGACCGGGACCUUGGUCUACGUUAUUUUUUUCGAAAUAUUGAAAAAGCACGAAUCUGAGGGAAAUGGAAUCGUCAAGUAUUUGGCGAUAUUGGGCGGGUUUCUGUUCAUGUUUUUCGUGACAGUUCUCAUAUCCGACGAUGAUCUGGACUAAUUAAUAAUUGUACAGUGAUGAAAGACUAUACGUUUGUAGACUAUGUAAAUAAAACUGAAUGUAAUAUAUUUUUUAAUGAAAAAAAA